ACCCUUCGUCCCCAUACAGGAAGCUGAAUGUUCAACUAGCGAGCUGUCAACAAAGGACAAAACUGUACAGUAUCACCAAAUCAAUGUGGAGGUCGACGGUGCUUUCGACUUUGGGCACCUUAUCGUAAAUAACAUUUCACCUCGGUGACAGUCCAGUCUCGAAGAUGGCGACGACUGCUCAGCUGUUCGAGGAGCCCUUUGAUGCAGACGAGUACAUCGAGAGGUUGGCGUGGAGGACCCCUGGAGGAGGCUCCAAAGGGGGGGCAGAGGCAUUUGACCCCAAAAGGCUGUUGGAAGAAUUUGAGAACCACAUAGAGGAGCUGAAGCAGCUGGAUGAGAAGAUCCAGCGGAAAGUGGAGAAGCUUGAGCAUCAGUGUCAUCGUGAGGCCAAGGAAUUUGCACACAAAGUGCAGGACUUGCAAAGGAGCAACCAGGUGGCCUUUCAGCAUUUCCAGGAGCUGGAUGAACAUAUCAGCUAUGUGGCAACCAAAGUUUGUCACCUUGGUGACCAGCUUGAAGGGGUGAACACACCCCGGCAAAGGGCUGUGGAAGCUCAGCGUCUGAUGACCUACUUCAACGAGUUCCUUGAUGGAGACCUUCGCAGUGAUGUGUUUAAUAACCCAGACAAGAUUAAGGAGGCUGCGGAUAUCAUUCAGAAGCUGCAUCUCAUUGCCCAGGAGCUGCCAUUCGACAGAUUUGCAGAUGUGAAGGCCAAAAUUGCAAGUAAGUACCAUGACCUGGAGAGGCAGUUAAUCCAGGAGUUCACGGCUGCCCAACGCAGGGGUGAGAUUGGACGUAUGCGGGAGGUGGCAGCAGUUCUGUUACAUUUCAAGGGCUAUGCACACUGUGUGGACGUCUAUAUCAAGCAGUGUCAGGAAGGGGCCUACCUGCGAAACGAUGUGUUUGAGGACACAGCAGUUCUUUGCCAGAGGGUCAACAAGCAAGUUGGUGAGGUCUUCAGCAGCCCAGAGACUGUUAUGGCAAAACUCAUUCAGAACAUCUUUGAGAACAAAUUACAGGCCCAUGUGAAGGAGAAACUUGAUAACACUCGACAUUCUGAUGUGGAGCAAUAUCUUAAGAACCUCUAUGAUCUUUAUACCAGAACCACCACUUUAGCCACCAAGCUGACAGAGUUCAACCUCGGCUCAGACAAGCACACCUUCCUGUCUAAGCUCAUAAAGAGCAUCUUCUCCACCUACCUGGAAAGUUACAUAGACAUGGAGAGAGAAUACCUUCGUACUCGUGGUGCCAUGAUUCUGCAGCGCUACUAUGACUCCAAGAACCACCAGAAACGUCCAAUCGGCACUGGAAGUAUCCAAGACUUAAAGGAGCGGAUCAGACAGCGUACCAAUCUUCCCCUGGGCCCCAGCAUUGACACCCACGGGGAGACCUUUCUGUCACCAGAGCUUGUGGUCAACCUGCUGCAGGAGACACGCCAUGCCUUUGAGAGAUGCCACAGGCUUUCAGAUCCUGCUGACCUUCCCAAGAAUGCCUUCUCAAUCUUCCUGCUGCUGGUUGACCAUCUCUGUGUGGAACACAUUGACUACGCCCUAGAGAUCGGCCUCUCAGCGAUUCCCUCAGCAGAUGCCAAAAAUGCCAACCUGUACUUCCUGGAUGUGGUUCAGCAGGCAAACUCUAUCUUCCACUUGUUUGACAAGCAGUUCAAUGACCAGCUAAUGCCUCUAAUAAGCUCAUCACCAAAGCUGGCAGAGUGCCUACACAAGAAGAAAGAGGUGAUUGAACAGAUGGAAGUGAAACUGGACAAUGGGAUAGACAGAACACUGAACUGCAUGGUGGGGCAGAUGAAGCACAUUCUGGCAACAGAACAGAAGAAGACUGAUUUUAGACCCGAAGACGAGAAUAAUGUCAUGAUCCAGUACACUACGGCCUGUUCCAAGGUCUGCGCCUACGUCAGUCGGCAGGUGGAGCACGUGCGGAAGUCCAUGGAUGGGAAAAAUGUAGACACAGUGCUGACGGAGUUGGGCGUUCGUUUCCACCGCCUCAUCCACGAGCACCUACAGCAGUACAGUUACAGCUCGAUGGGAGGCAUGCUGGCCAUCUGCGACGUGGCUGAAUACCGACGAUGCGCCAAGGACUUCAGGGUCCCUCUGGUGCUUCAACUCUUCGACACACUCCAUGCCCUCUGUAACCUCCUGGUUGUUGCCCCCGACAACCUGAAGCAGGUCUGUUCUGGUGAGCAGCUAACCAAUCUGGACCGGAACCUCCUGCACGCCUUUGUCCAGCUCAGGGUGGACUACCGGUCGGCCAGACUGGGUCGCCAUUUCAGUUAAUGACUGACUCAACACCUUGCUGCUCUCCGUCCAGUAACGCAGCCCCCGUAUGCUUCGAUGAGAUGAUGCACCUUGAAGAUGAAAACCCAUCCCUGCAUACAGACUGUCCUGGGAUUGCUUUGUACAUCAUGGAAACAAAGGCCACUCCUCGUAGAAUGAGGGAUAUGUGCAUUUUAUCUUUUUUUUUCAUGUUGAUUUCUCUAAACUGAUGAUGUCUUUUGAGUUUAAUUUUCAUUUGUUUUUAAAUACUAAUUCAUGAAGUCCACAUGGUUCAAUUUCUGGCGUAUUAUAUGUAAAUGGACGACACUGAUUUCUGCGCUUGUGUAAAAGAUUUUUGAUUGUGCCAAAUAUAUAUAUAUACAUAUAUACAUUCUGUGGCUGCACAGGAAUAAAACCUAAAGCUGCUGUAAAGAGAGACUGUCAACAGUCAGAGCUGCAGUAACAUUGUGUAUUGAGUACAGCUACCCCUUAUCAUUAACUGUAGACGGCCUGACAGAGAAAGCCUGCUGAAGCAUGAGAUAGUGUUCUGUCUGGCUCAGAAAGACACAUGACCACCUAUGUAACCUUUGACCUCUGAACUCAAAGCAGAGGUCAAGAGGCCAUCACAGACAAGUGUGAGCCGAGCUACGAGCAGGUCUGAGAACCUCUCCUGAGGUUUGGGUGGUCCCUUGUUUGGCUCAGGUGACUGAUGUGAUGGGUCACUGACUAUGUGUCACUGUAAUUGCACAGAUCAACACUCGCUCAUCCAGGGACGCACACAGUCCAAACACAUUGUUGGCUGGAUCUGCAGUAUUUCUGGGUCAGGGGACACUUAAACAUUGGCCUCUGCUGAUUAAAGAAACAAAUUAGAAGAGACUUGUUACACAGUGCGUCUUGAAUGUCAACAGUUUAUUGAGAAAGAAAAGAUUGUUUCCCAGUGUUUUGAAACUGUCUGCUACUCAAAGCCGCUCCCACUGUACUGCCCUUUACCUUAAUUAGUGACCAAUUCAUAACAUGUUGCAUUUACCACUGUCCUUCUUAAGAAAACCCUUCAUAAACGGGAAGCUGUGAAUUGGAAGUCUCUGCGAAUGUCACUUUCAAAGUGAGAUGAAAUAGUCUUCUUUUCUAUGAAAGUCAUCAAGUAUUCAUGGGAAUUCUUGCCACCAGAGUAAAGUUCUUUCUUAGACUUCAGGAAGUGAGCGGAGCCAGAGGGGAUUAGAUAUCUACGAGUUGAUGAAUUGUGUGCAGUAGUCAUGGACUGGGGAGAGCCGGGGAGAUAGAGACGCCUGAGAGCUCAGUUCCAGCUCCGGCUGGUUAGUGUUGUGUAGAAGGUACACACAGUGCUGUGCAAGUUCAAACAACAUAAUUAAUUAGGCUAAUAUUAAUAUUAUCAAUGCCACAUAAAUUCAAUUCUCUCAGCCCUAAUCACAACUGGAUAGCUUGUAAAAAUUAUUUUGUUAGGCCCUGAUGCAAACAGUGGGUCUUUUCCAAACAUUUGAAAACUAUUUGUUUUUGCAGCGAUUAAUGUGCGCGGUUCAGGAAGGGGUUGGGGGAGAGAAGCCAGGCCAGGGACGAUAACUGGUGUGGAGACGGAGGCAGAGGCGCAGCCUGGCCCCAGGGACUCCCAGCGCAGGCACAUGGAAGAGGGGGAGGGAUGUGUUUUUUGGGGUGGCUGUUUGAGCAGGUGGAGGGGAUUAGUAAUGCUGUCAACACUGGAGAGCUGGAUAAGACUGUCCUCUCUUACUCGUCAGUUUGAGCAGCACUUGCAUACACAUUCAGAAACAUAAAGACACCAGCACACAAACACAGCAGCUUCAGGACGAGUCAAACCUGUCCAUGAUUGAACAACACAGUCGAUGAAGUUACACUUUUAGCUCUAUUUGUUUUGUUAACUGCUUCCUCCUGCAAGAGGUUAACUCAUCCAUAUCCUCCCAUUAAAUCAACAAUGUUCACUGAACACUUCAUAUUAAAAAAAA